CCUGACGGAAGUCAGCAAGCAAAACACCAGAAAGACGGUGUACCGGCUGCUGACGAGUCCAUCGUGUCUGUCUUUCUGUAUUUAACUGGUACUAAUAGGAUACAUGCUAGAAAUGGUUUAGGUCAUCACCUUUUUGUUGCACUUUCCGAAGAUGGUAGUGUCUCACCAGAGCUCACCUAAGUUAGUCUGAUUGCAGCGCAUCAGGACGCGGACUGAGCCAGAGCAGCGUAGCACCUGAGGCAGGGAGCAGAGGGCGCGUACCGAGAUCACCGAGAUCGUCUCCAGCCUACUCAUGGCUUCAAAUGACGGCAGCACUGGCCGCGGCUCUACACCCUCCAGUACUGCAGGGUCCCCCACUGAGGAAACUGCCCUAUCGCCUGCUCAUGCCCCUGGUCCCUCCAGAUCCCAGUCUUCAUAUGAGCGAAUUGGAGGCCAGGGAGGCUCAUCCUUCUUUCAGACCCUCAUCCAUCUCCUGAAGGGCAACAUUGGCACGGGGCUGCUGGGCCUUCCCCUGGCGGUCAGGAACGCCGGUCUCGUGCUGGGCCCUUUGAGUCUCCUCCUCAUGGGUGUUGUAGCUGUCCACUGCAUGCACAUCUUGGUCAAAUGCUCCAACCAUCUCAGCGACAGGUUGAGGAAGCCAUACUUGGAUUAUGGGGAGGCCUUCCAGUUUGGCAUGGAGAACGUGUCCUUCCUGCGUAGCCGAUCCAUCUGGGGGAGACGGGUGGUAAAUCUGUUCCUGAUCGUCACCCAGCUGGGCUUUUGCUGUGUCUACUUCGUGUUCCUCAGCGACAACAUCAAGCAGGUCGUGGAGGCAGCGAACUCCACAACUAUGAACUGCCAUAACAACCAGACGUCAGUGCUGGUGCCCAGCUUUGACUCCCGCCUCUACAUGCUCUGCCUGCUUCCGUUCAUCAUCCUGCUGGUCUUCACACGCAACCUCAAGUACCUGGCGCCCCUGUCCCUCUUGGCCAAUUUGGUCAUGUGCAUCAGUCUGGUUUUGAUCUACGUUUAUUCUGUAAUGAACAUCAAGUACCCGAUUUCGCUGCCAUACUUUGGAAAUGCCAGGGAAUAUUCUCUCUUCUUUGGAACGGCGAUAUUUGCCUUUGAAGGGAUCGGAGUGGUCCUUCCGCUGGAGAACAAGAUGCAGAAGCCUCAGAACUUCCACGCCGUGCUGUACCUGGGCAUGUUCAUCGUGACGUUCCUCUACAUCAGCCUGGGCACCGUCGGCUACGUGUGCUUCGGGAACGCCAUCGGCGGGAGCAUCACCCUCAACCUGCCCAGCUGCUGGCUAUACCAGGCGGUGAAGCUCCUCUACAGUUUCGGCAUUUUCGUCACCUACGCCCUGCAGUUCUACGUCUCGGCUGAGAUCCUGGUGCCUGAGGCAGUCGCCCGCGUGCCGGCCCGGUUCGCCCUCGCUGUGGACCUCGCCACUCGGGCGCUGCUGGUCGUCUUCACCUGCGUGCUGGCCAUCCUGAUCCCGGAGCUCGACCUGGUCAUCUCUCUGGUAGGAUCCAUCAGCAGCAGCUUCCUGGCCCUCAUCUUCCCACCCGUGCUGCAGAUCUUCACCUACCACAACGAGGGCCUCCCCGCCUGGGUCGUGGCCAAGAACUGCCUGAUCACCCUCUUCGGCCUGGUGGGCUUUGUGGCAGGGACCUACAUCACCAUCGAGGAGAUCGUCAUCCGUAACGGGAGCCGUUCCAACUCCACCAUGCUGCACUAUCUGUGAGGAGUGGCUCUCUGUGGUCUGCACACGCCUCUUUCAUACAUGUAUGACAGCCAUCUCCAUCAGCGGCAGCUGGAUUUCAGUCAACGCUGUGUUUUUUGUGCACUUUUUUGUUUCUUAAUUUGCCAAAAGAAAAAGUCCGGUGAUGUUUAUUAUGAGGAAACUGUAGUGGACUUUCUAUUGACUGGCUCUCAGUCUCACACGGUUUUUUAAAACGCUGUAUGAGAAAAAGAUUAAAAUGUGGUUGUGCUUGGUUUUUAAUGUCGAGACUGGUUUUAUUAGAGAUGGAUAUAGAUGCGGCUGUCUAUGUUUGACAGCCUUGGUCUGGCGGUCUAACAGGAACCCCAGCCAGGGUAAAGAGUAACACCUUUGGCUCUGCCAUGAUGUCUCCAAGCAACCACUAUACGCUGAUAACAGGUACUGUACUGUACAUGACCUUCAGAACUCAAGGUCAGCAGUUUAAGUCCCUGGUGUAACCUUCUGUGUGGCACUUAAGGGCAAAAUCACUAUAAUGUUUCUGUUCCAGUAAAAUAUCGAGCUUCUGUCCUGUUGACUACUUUGAAAAGCAACUUCUGUUAGGCCAUUGAAAAAGUAUCAGCCAUACAUUUAUGGGAAUAAAAGAAAAAAACCCAGCCAGGCCGUGGGAAAUAUCUUAAAAUGGUUCAUUUGUCUACAGUGAUAAUCUGGUGUCAAUCACCUUCGAAUUACAUUGUGGACAGUGAGAGGACGCCAUCAGCACAGAUGGUGUGCCCAGGGCCCAUCACAUCGUAUAUGCACUCUAGUCCCCAUCUCUCCAUCGCCACCCUUGAGGAUGGAUAAGAGACAGCAGGGAGGCAGUAGAUUAGGACCAAUUGCCACCAGAGUGCAAAAUAACAAAUUAAUGGUGUUAACUGGAUAUUUGCUUCAUCAGUUGGACAUCAGAUAUCAAGAGUUUUCAUGGAAGUAUUUUCAACAGUUCAGAGUAGCUUUAAAUUCAGUACUUUACUACUAUUUCUCUAGUAUUGUAAGAUGUGUUAUGAUUAAACUCUGAUGGGCUUGGUGUAACCUAAAAGAUAGGGAGUGGGGGGUGUAGGUGUGGUGUUGCCCCUAAUAUUAAGCGCUAAUGUCAUGUAGUAAAUACGCCAUGUUUCCCGAUGGUUUCAGUUGUAUAUAUGUAUGACCAGAUUUAGUUCUUCAGCUGUAUGUAAUUUCUGUAUGACCACUUGGCUGAAACAGGAAAACCUCCUUCAUCUUUAUAUAUAUAAUUCAUGAGCUUUUGAGUAAAGUAGAUUAUAAAUGUUCCUUUGUCUCCUAUCUAUGGUUCACCUAUGCUGAAUUAUGCAUCAGCUAUCGGAGUUGAAAUGCUAAGUUCCAUUUAACGUGUUGACAGGAUUGACCAGUCGGUGAUGUACAUUUUGCACUUAAUUAUUUUUCUUUGCCGAUUUAGCAAGUUGAUCACUUUCACGAGUUUUUAUAAGUGUAAUUAUUUAGUCGUUAUAUUUUUACGGUUGCCAUUAAGAAGUUGAAAUUUCAUCCGUUUCAUUUUUUUUUUUUUUAAUGUGUGUCGUAUUUUUCUAUACAUCCAUAUAUCUCAGAACCGUUUACCCUGGAAAGGCUCUCGGGGAUGCUGUGUUGCUUUUCUAUGUGAAAUCUCUGUGCUUUCCCGGAAAUUUGGAUGGCAUUGCUGACUAUCCACUGAUGCCGAGUGUUCGGACAUUAGUCGGAUAAGCGUGUCUACUCCCUGUUGCUUGCCUACACCAGCCACAAACCCGCCGGUAAGAUUUCUGGGUUGUGCAAGCUGUUCCUUCUCCCUGCGUCAUCCUACUCUGCGUUUGUACCGCACAAAACGGGUUAAAAAUAAGCACUAAGUUGGUCGCUGAUCCCUCACUCUGUUCUCACUCUUCCUCCCCAUCUCUAUGCACAUUUGGUGGAGCAAAAGUACAUUAAAAAAGGAAUCGAUUACUGUAAAUGUCUUUUUAAUCUGUAAAAGAACAGAUGAGGGACCAAUUGUUUGCUGACCAUCACAAUCUGCUUCAUUGCACAUUGAGAGAUGCUUUGAGUAUUUUGGUGCUGUGAUUUUUUUCUGCUACAAUUUUUAUGUUUCAGAAGAAAAAAUGAAAUAUUAUUUUGAUUGAUGUGAUGGAAAAUGUCCACACCUGUGUGUUUUUUUUUUUUUUUUUUUUUGAUUACUUUUGUCAUUCCAUAACACAUUUUGUUUUUAUUUACAAUCAAAAAUAAAUUUCUUGGGGAAGAAAAGGGACAUUGAGCUUAAAUGUUGCUGUAUGUUAGCUUUUGUUUUGUUUUUUUGCUUGUCUGUUUCUGGGGUGGCUCAGCGGGUUUGGAUGCUGGGCUUGUGAUCAGAAGGUUACUUGUUCAAAUCCCUGGUUUAGCUGAGUUUUUUUUUUUGUUUCCCUGAGCAAGGCCCUACACCCCAGGGAAUGUCUAAUCCUGCUUUCUUAAUGUAUGUUGCGUUGCAUAAAAGCUUCUGCUAAAUAAAUACAAUGUAAAUAUCAUCAAAAAAAUACA